AUGUACUCUUCAUGUUCUCUAUUAAAACGUCUCGUUUUUGUCCGUUUCUUAGCGGUGGUGGCCAUACAACUCGUGUUUAUACGCAAUGUUUCAUCCCUAAACCUGACCAACGAGUAUUUGCAUCACAAAUGCCUUGUUAGUGAAGGAAAAUAUAAGCCGGGAAGCGACUACGAGGAUGUCCUUGACGAUCACAUUCGUACUCUCUCAACCUCAACUUUUCGCUCAGGUUCCAUGCACAUGACAAGUGGUCGGAAACCCAAUGCUGCAACCAUCAUAUACCAGUGCCGCGGUGAUUCCUAUGGGUCUAAGUGCCGCUCUUGUUAUUCUGCUGGUAUCGCCGGGCUUCGUAGGCGUUGCCCGAGAAACAAAGGUGGGAUAGUAUGGUUCGACCAAUGUUUUGUCCAGAUUACUUCAAUCCCUAGCAUCGACCUCGACAUCUGGAAGAUCUAUUACGAGAACAAUUUCGCCAUAUAUAACCCGAAAAAAGUAAGUGGCGAUAGAAAGUUAUUCUACAAGGAGACAAUGGCACUCCUCGGAGAGCUAACGCUAAAAGCAAACAGUAAAGACAACAUGGACGACGGCAAGAUGGCACUGUACGCAGCAGGGGAGAAGAGGGUCGGGACAAAGAAACUUUAUGCAACGGUUCAGUGUAUGAGAGAUCUAGUUACGCCCAAGAUGUGUAAAGAGUGUUUGGAAACCAUUAUCAAGAAGUAUGUUAAGUGCUGCGAUGGUAAACAAGGAGGGAGAGUUUUGGGUACGAGCUGUGAUUUUAGGUAUGAGCUUUACCCUUUUCUAAGGAAUUCAGAUUCACCAACAAUUUGA